AUGCCGCUAGCAGCCAUAACACCUGUUCUAAAUGACUUACUUAAGAAAGACGGUGCGUGUCCAGCACCCUAUCCUCAACAUUUAGCUCAACAUCGUCAGUCGAACGCAAGUGAAACGUUAACGACAAGUGAUUACCUGCGAGGGCCAUCGAUUAAUCCUGAUCAAUUGCCAUCUUCGCCGUCAAAUGAUGAUAGUCUAAAGCGACAAUCAAGUCCUGGCGGCAGAUCAAACAAAGGAUUGACACGAGAAGAUUCUUUCCUACAAAGAUUUUCUAAUCGGUAUGGCUAUCGAAGUAUGGGGGCGAUAGAUCCUGUUAAACAAAAUCUUCGAUUGAACAGUGAAAAAGAUGAACCGAUCAAAACUCGUUCUGCGUUUCUACGACGGAUCUUACGAGCAUGUAAUUACUUUGUUAUAUCAACCGACGAAUCGUUCUUAUUCUAUUGGUUAAUACUAUUGAAUAUUUUUGUUUUGUAUAAUUUAUGGUUUUCAAUUGCCCGGCAAGCAUUUGAACCAUUGCAAACAGAUUAUGAGAAUAUCUGGCGAAUUCUUGACUACAUAGCAGAUUCCAUGUACUUUGUCGAUAUUUUCAUUCAAUUUCGUACCGGUUAUCUUGAGCAAGGCUUACUUGUUUACAAUCACAUGAAGCUUGCUAUGAAUUACAUACGUUCAUCUCGUUUUCUCUUCGAUAUUCUAUCAUUAACACCAUUGGAUUUACUUCAAAUCAAAUUCGGCAGCAUUCCGAUUCUUCGAUUUCCGCGAUUUUUCAAACUCUAUCGAACAUUUCAACUCUACUAUUAUCAAGAAUCACGUACUAUCUAUCCGAAUACCUAUCGAGUGCUGAAUCUACUUCAUAUACUUCUUCUCUUGGGACAUUGGUUGGCUUCCUUCUAUUUUAUGGUAUCGAAAGCGGAGGGUUUUGUUGGAUUUUGGUCUUACCCAAAGCCUGUAGGAAAUUUUUCUCAAAUAGCAAGGAUGUAUCUUCGCUGUCUCUAUUGGUCAACAUUAACAUUGACAACUAUUGGAGAUUUACCACCACCAGAAACGAAUUGGCAAUGGCUCAAAAACUUUUCGAACAGACGCUACGCUUUCCUCAUAAGCGUUCACUUGUUCGCCGUUUUCGUCAUAGCUAUCAUCGUGGGACAAGUCGGUAAUGUGAUUACUAAUCGAAAUGCAAGUCGAUUGGAAUUCGAACGUUUACUGGAUAGUGCAAAACAAUACAUGCGCACACAUAAUGUGCCACCAGAAAUGCAACGGCGGGUACAACGUUGGUAUAAUUAUUCUUGGUCACGUGGUCGAAUGUCUGGUGCUGGAGAUGUUCAUUCAAUAAAACUUUUACCAGAUAAACUGAAAACUGAGUUGGCAUUACAUGUUAAUUUGGGUACUUUGAAAAAGGUGACGAUCUUUCAUGAGUGUCAACCCGAAUUUCUUCAUGAUCUUGUCCUGAAAAUGCGUGCAUAUAUCUUUACACCUGGCGACGUUAUCUGUCGGAAAGGGGAAGUUGCGCGUGAAAUGUUCAUCAUUGCCGACGGUGUGCUCGAAGUUGUCAACGACAAAAAUGAUGUUCUCACUCGUUUGGUCGCAGGUGAUUUUUUCGGUGAAAUCGGAAUUUUAAAUAUCGAUGGUGCUAAUCGGCGGACAGCCGAUGUUCGCAGUGUUGGUUAUUCUGAAUUAUUUUCCCUUUCAAAAGAAGAUGUUCUCGAAGGUUGUCGAGAUUAUCCCGAAGCUGAACGUAAACUGUACGAAUAUGCUCAAAAUCGACUCGGGGUGGAAAAAGCGAAGAAAGAAGCAGCUGAACAGAUUAAAAGCCCAUUCAAUACCUUGACAUCGAUUGCAUCGUGUCUCACGAAUCCUAUUACAACAGCCCAAGCUCCAUUACCAUCCAUUGAAGAAUCCAAUGAGAAAGAAAUAACAACCGAAAAUGAAACGGAUAAAACACCGAUCUGUCUUUCGAAUCGAAGAACUUCGUUGAAAUCGAAAUUGAAAAAUUCACCAUCUAGCCUACCGAAUCCCAACUGUGAUAGUCCAAAUCAACCGUUAAUCAAUCCGCUUACAUCAUCUUCUUCAUCGAAUUUUUCUCUAAUUCAAUGCAUACGUCCUGGUUCGAAUGAUUUAAUCGGUGAUAUCGAAUUAUUGAUCAACGAUAAACUGCGAUCUGUAGACGAAUCCUAUCGACAAAAAAUUGCUGAAUUACAAGAGGGCAACGAACGAAAAGAUCUACGAAUUGAAUUACUAGAACAAAAGCUACAAAAAUUACGAAGAACUUUAUUCAAUCGCACUCGGAUCUGGUUCGAAGAAGAGUAA